UUGAAUUGUAGAUUUGGAUCAUUUGACGCUCAGCAGCAGCAGCGGCGGCGGCGGCGGGAGGCGGAGCCGGGUUGGACUGGUACCGACACCGACACCGGGCCGUGCUGUGGAUGUGAGGCUCCGGAGGCUCAGUCCGUAUUUGAUUCCCGUGAGGAAGAGGAAGGCAUGUGGAGGUGAAGAAGACUGCGGACACAGAGAGGAGGAGGAGGAGGAGGAAGGUGUGAUUCUGCAGGGACUCUCCGCCUCCUCCUUCCCCGCGCAGGGAGCGCGCCGCGCGGCUGAGGCAGAGGCGUGACGCGCCCGAACCGCAUCUCCAGGAUGGCAGGUCCUCCUGACGGGCCCUCGGCUCUCUGUACUGGGAUCAGAGCGGCGGCCCUUUGAGGACGAUGGACCCUGUAAUCCCGCCGGGCCCCACCUCCAAGACCAGGACCAGGAGCAGGAUGGAGCCCAGAACCUCAGCGUGCAGACGCACACUCGGUGGGAUCCUGCUGGUGGCCGGCAUGCUGGUUUCCAUGGUGACAUCAAGCUCACCUGCUGCAGGUGUGCUGGACUUCAACAGGACGACGGAGUCUUCAUCGCAUCCGUCAUUACCCUCCUCCUCCCUUAUCAGACCUCCGGCCGCCAGCCCCCUAUCAGACUCCGGUUACCAUGGUGACAGCGGUGGCACAGGCUCAGCAGAGGACUCAGACUCUGGUGCUCAGGGGAUCCACCUCCUGCUGAGACCUCCAGACCUCCUGUCCCCCAGCCUCCCCCCACCCCUGCCCCCACACACCCAGCCCACCCUCACCCCACCUCCCCCCUGGGAGCAGGGCCCCUCCCUGGAGGAGGCCUGGGGCUCUGGAGACUACCUGGAGACUCUGUCCUUCAUGGUGCCUGACGGCGAGGAGCUGGCCCUGGCCACACCGCUGCCCAACCACCCCUACGACGACGUAGGGGGAGACUGGGUCUCCUACGACACUGCCUUCCCUGCUCGUCCCACCAUCCCCCUAUCUUCCCGCCUUCCUCUUUCACCCUCCUCCUCCACCCCCAGCAUCACCCUGCACACUCGCCCCACCCAUCCAGAUGUCUUCCCCAACUGGGACGAGGACUACGACCUUGAAGACAUGAUGCCUCUAGAGCCGACGGAACUGCUGCUGCCGGACAUGAACAGUAUGGAGUACUACACCAACCUGCUGGCCCGGGAGAGGGAACGGGAGCGGGACAGAGACAGAGACCAGAACAGGGACAGGGAGCGGGACAGGGACAGAGACAGGGAAAAGGACUGGGUCAACCAGACCGACUCCAAACCCCCCAUCACUUCCACAACAACCCAAACCUACCUCCCCCCUUCAUCCCCAUCUCCGUCCCCGAGCUCUGGUCCUCCUCCAGGUAGGGAGCCCAAGCGUCCCCCAGAGGGACCCACCCCUCCCCUCACCCUCUCACCUACUCUUACAGGCGAGGAUGAAGAGGAGCCACCUCCACCCUCCACCACCAUCAGAGCCCCUUCGACUCCUCCUCCUUCCAAACCCAAAGACCACGUCCCGGGCCAACACCCUCCGCGUCCCCCUUCCAACACUACCGGCCGGGUGCCUCCCCCUCCCCCACUAGGACCGCCCACCCGUCCUGACAGACCGGAGAGGCCUGCAGUGGUCACAGACAAGCCAGUGAAGGCUACCCCCACCAGGAUCACCACCACCAAGGCGACGACCACCACCACCACCAUCACCACCACCACCCAGAUCACUGCCAUCAGCCUGACCAGAGCCCCCCCAGUCACUACACCCAGAGUGGCCCAGACGCCGCCCACCAGACAGUACCUGUGUAAUGUCACCAAGCCAGAGAUGUACCUGGUCAGAGUAGUCAGCUCCAAAGGUUCGUCAGCUGGAUUCAGUCAGGUCAGAGAUCUGCUGAAGAAAGAGUUCAACCGCUCUGUCGAGCUGCAGUUCCUGAGAACUCCAUCCAGUUUUGCCUUCCGUGUCGUGUCGGGAUCUUUGAUCUUCACCGCCAUGUCCGUCAUCAACGCCCUCCGCCAGCAGCCACGCAGCUUCGGCCCCAUCCCCACCGUGUCACCGCUCUACACCGUACCUGACCUCAGGUACCAGAUCCACUCUGUGUUGCAGUUUGUCCCCGCCCACGUCGACGUCAGAGUCUGUAACUUCAGUGAACGAGUCGAGAGAGGGCUGGUGAUGGCGUACAGCGAGACCCGGAAACGAUCGCAUGAGGCAGGAAAUGUCACCAUACAGCUGUUGAACAUCACCAUGGGAACCCGGCUGGCGGCAGCAGAACAGAAGGUUUCCGUCGACAUCGUCUUUGCGGUGCGUGAUGGGCGGGACUUCCUGCCGGGGUCAGAGGCCAGCGAACACCUGAGGAAGCUCAGCCUGGUUGAGUUCAGCUUCUAUGUAGGAUAUCCUGUCCUGCAGAUCGCAGAACCAUUCCAUUACCCUGAGCUGAACACGUCCCACCACCUGCGCUCCACCUGGGUCCGUACAGUUCUGUUGGGGGUUCAGGAGCAGCAGGUGACUGAGAGAAGUUUUAAAGCUCGUCUGGAGAGACGUCUGGCUCUGCUGCUGGAGGAGGGACUGCAGACCACCAACAGGAGGCGCCUGAGGAGAGCUACAGCUGUGGGCAACAACAGUCUGCAGGUGGUGCGGGUGGCGAGGCUGUUGGGGUCGGAGCGCCCCCUGGAGGUAUAUUAUUUCGUAGAAGGUCCAGGUGGUGAGCGGAUACCUGCCGAGGCCACGGCCAUCACCCUGAACCGUCUGGACCUGCAGAGAGCCGCCAUUGUCCUCGGACACCGAGUCCAGAGACCACUCGCACAACCUGUGGACACCCUGUCCGUCCCCCCAGCAGAGACUCAGAGCAGCAGCAUCUGGCUGAUCGUUGGCGUGGUCGUCCCCGUCCUGCUGGCCGUCUUCAUCAUCAUCAUCCUCUACUGGAAGCUGUGCGGCUCUGAGAAGCUUGAGUUCCAGCCAGAUGCCAUCAACACCAUCCAGCAGAGGCAGAAGCUCCAGGCUCCGAGUGUCAAAGGCUUCGACUUCGCCAAACUCCACCUGGGUCAGCACAGCAAGGACGACAUCAUGGUCAUCCAGGAGCCCGGCCAACUGCCUGCCCCCGUCAAAGAGGCCACGCCUUCUGACGGCGGAGACCUAAACACCCCCAAAUCCAAAGGGUCAUCCACCAAGGUGGCACGGUCCAGCCGACGCAGGGGCAGGCUCAGCCCAUCAGACGGCGACUCGUUAGGCAGCGACCAAUCAAGUGGCAGAGAAUCGGCAGAGGAGAGCACCCGCCCCGUGGCCACGCCCAGUGAGGGGAAACAGCACAGGAAGACGCCCAAAAAUGGGAGGAACAAGAUGGGCAGCGCUCCGGAUGAGCUUCUGUCCUCAUCCUCCAUCUUUGACCACGUUGACCGCCUCUCUCGUGGCUCCUCUGACGGCACACGUCGCCAGGCUAACAAGGUGCAGCUGAUCGCCAUGCAGCCGCGACCAAGCCCACCGCCGCUGCAUGCCCCGCCCCAUCCGAGCCCCUCGCUGACAGAGAAGGUCAGCACGGAGGUGGCGCUGAGACAUAAGUCGGAGAUCGAACAUCACAGGAACAAACUGCGGCAGCGCGCCAAGAGGCGGGGUCAGUGUGAGUUUCCCUCCAUGGACGACAUCAUGGAUGCUUUUGGGGAUGGACCAGUGCAGAGCGAGGUGGCCCAGCGUCUCUAUAGCUCCGCCCACGACCACAUGGACUGCAUCCUGCAGGCCGACGCCCACUCACCCCCGACCCCCACCGACUCCAGGAGGAGAGGGAGGCGCUCUCCGCGGGGUCGGCGGACUCAGCCAGGACCUGGAAGUCUUCCUGAUACAGACAGAGACCGGCUGCUCACCGAUCACAGCGCCACCUACAGGAAGUACCCAGGACUCAACAACGUGGCCUACAUGUCGGACCCUGACCUGCCCCCGGACCAUGGCAGCCCCUCUCCUACUGAUGAGGUGUUUGACUCUGCCCCAGCCCCGCCGCCCUACAUGCCCCCCCAGCCCUCCAUCGAGGAGGCGCGGCAGCAGAUGCACUCCCUUCUGGACGACGCCUUCGCCCUGGUGUCGCCGUCCUCGCAGGGCAGCGCCGGGGUGAGCGGGGUAAGCCCUGCUCUGCCAAGCCCCUCCCCCCAACCCCGCCCCCCGGGCAGGCAGUGGGGCUCUUACCCAGCUGCCCCCUCUCACAGCCCCUUCUCUGCAAGGUAUGCAGAGCUGGGGAUGUCUCCCACGUCAGUCCAGGGUCUUCUGCAGAGGCAGGGCCUAAACUCAGGAGGGUAUGUUUCUACUGGAGACCAGCUGCAGGAGUCGGUGUACUCCACCAGGGGGCAGUACGAGGACCCCCCCUCCUCGUCCAGACCACGACCUGUAGGGGGCAGCACAGGUGCACAGCUCCACCACCUUACUCAGGUGGGUUUGUCCAGUCAGAUUGGGGCGUACCCUGGGGUGGGUCGCAGCAUGUCUGGUCCCACUGGCUCCAGCUGGAACCAGCAGCACUCAGACCAAGACUUGUCCAGACCAGGAGCCAGCAGAGAGAGUGUGCUGUCAUUUCCUGAGUUCUCCUCUUCCUCUGUUUUCCAGAUGCCCAGCUCCUCAUUGCGGGACCCGUCAGCCCCACCACUCCUCCUGACCUCACCCACUCCAGAGUACCCGCCAGAGGACGCCUCACCGUCUGCCCACACCUCCGCCUCCCUUAUAAAGGCUAUCAGGGAGGAACUGCGACGUCUAGCCCAGAAACAAGCUGCAGUGACCAGCUACCCUUAGACUGGUCUGGGCCUGUUUGGAUCAGGACUCAACUGGUUUCAGCCUGUAGAGACUGGAUUACAACCACAAAACUAACUGAUCCACACUCUGGACUCUCUUGAGCUAAUCUAUGUCUGUGCCGCUAAAUCCAAAAUGACACUGGACCACUAUCCACGUCUGAAAAAAGACUGUGUGUCCUGACUGAAAGACCUCCGGUACUUUACAGGGUCCCGUCCGUCUGUACGUCAUCCUUCAGCUCAGUGUUUCAUUACAUGGAGUUUGACUCUUCACAUUUCCAUUGAAGUGCUUCCUGGCGUGGAUCAUUUGAUGAUCAUCCCUUUUUAACUUCUGGAGUGGAUCGCCCCAGAAUGAUGUCCACCUGUACUUCUGGCAUGGAUCAUUCCUGUUGAUCAUCUCAUCUGGAGUGGAUUGUCUUGGAACAUUGUCCCAUUUGGACUUCUGGAAUGGAUUGCCCUUCCACAGUGGAUUGUCGCCUCUGGAGUUCUGGAAUGAAUCCUCAUUCCCUGACUGGAGACUGGAGUGGAACAUUUUUUCUGACCUUCUGGAGGGAAUGAUCCCUCUUGGAAUCAGUUCAAGAUUGUCCUUUCUGGACUUUUGAAGCAGAUCAUUCCUUCUGACCCUCUGGAGUGGAUACUCCCUCCUGACGUUAUGGGGAAUUUCAUCCAUCCUGGAGAUUUGGAGCACAUCAUCCUUCCUGAAGUGGCAAUUUAUUCCUAAAAAAUCUGGAGUGGAUCAUCUCUCCUUACAUUCUGGAAUGAAUAAUCAUUCCCUGAGUUCUGUUGUGAAUGGUCCCACCUGGACUUCUGGAGUGGACUGUCUUUCCAGAGAAGACCAUCCCUCCUGGAGUUCUGCAGUGGAUGCUCCCGACUGACCCUCUGAGGUGUAUUGUCCCUCCUGAACCUCUGGAAUGGACCCUUAUUCCAUGAUUGUCUUGAGUGGAGCGUCCUUCCUGACCCUCUUGGAGUGAAUGGUCCCUCCUGAUGUUAUGGAGCAUUCAUAAUGGAGUUUUGGAGCACUUCAUCACUCCUGGCUCUCUGGAGCGGCAAUCUAUUCCUGAAAAUCUGGGGUAGAUCAUCUCUCUUAACCUUCCAGAAUGAAUGACCCUUCCUUGAGUUCUGGAGUGAAUGGUCCCCUCUGACAGUCUGGAGCAAAUCAUCCCAGAAGUUGUCCCUUCUGACCUUCUGGGGUGGAUCAUUGACAGUCCAGGUAGAUCGUCUUUCCAGACUUUCUUGAGUAGAUGGUUGCUGCUAACCUUUCAAUUGGAUGAUCAAUCUCAACUUUCUGGAGGGGAUGGUCUCUCUUGAAAUUCAGUUUCAGAAUGUCUUUCCUGGACUUUUGGAACAGAUCAUCCCUUCUGGCCCUCUGGAGUGGAUCAUCUCCCCUUACCUCCCAGAAUGAAUGAUCCUUCUUUGAGUUCUAGAGCGAAUAGUCCCUCCUGACCAUCUGGAGCAGAUCGCACCAGAAGAUCGUCCCUCCUUGACUUCUGGAGUAAAUGGUCCCUUCUGACCUUCUGGGGUGGAUCAUCCUACCUGGAGUUCUGGAGUUGAUGAACUUAUGGAGUGGAUUGUUCCUUUUGAACUCCUGAAGCGACUCUUCUCUUCUGCCAGUCUGGAUGGAUUGUCCUUCUAGACCUUCUUGAGUGGGUGGUCCCUCCUGUCCUUGUAGAAUCAGUUGUCCCUCCUGAAGUUCUGAAGUGGAUUGUCCCUCUGGACCUUCUGUGGUGCUAACCGUCAGCCUCAUACCAUCUCCUCAUUGACCACUUAUUGCCUUCCACUCUCCCAUCAGCCACGGAGCUCAGGUCUCCGCUCAUAAACCAUAUCAAUGAAGUCUUUGCACUGUUGACAGCUGGAGGUGGCGUACCUUUCCUAAGACAAAGGGACGCAAAACAGAAAAAAAUAUAUAUAAAUAUCUAUACGAAUGAAUAUAAAUAUCUGUAAAGAGAUAGAAUCCCAAUGAGCACAAUAUUAAUGUCAGAGUUAUUAUUGGAGUAUUGAGAUGUUACUUAUUUUUUAUUGCUUAUAUAUGAAAGUAUACUUUAAAUAUUUUUAUUUUGAUCAAAAAAGACCAAACUACUGUUCUAUGGUUGUAUUCCUCUUGUGUUUGAGCUCGCUGUAGAUUUUGAGCCAGCGCUUGUUUCUCUGUGGAGACGUUGCUUAGCGUAGCUGCUCACUUGUGUGUUCAUGUAUCGGUGGCAACAAAAAAAAACUUAGCUCUCAUGCAUCGCUUUGAUAUCAAGUUCUUUCAUUGCUGAUAUGUUGCAUCCAUCAGUUUGUGGGCAGAACGCUAUAGAGGAGGUAAAAUAUAUUAAUAACGAUGCAGAGACGGGAAACCAGCCGUUCAUCACAACCAGGGACGAAAGCUAAAAUCUACACAUCAGCUCCCCCUAGAGGCUGCCGUGUUUAUCACGCACAAAAAAAAAAAAAAUGGGACCCAGGAUGGAGCCCUGGGGUGCACCGCAGCACAGAGCUGCAGAUGACAUAUUACUAAUACAACAGUGACCGCCUCAUUAGUGUCCCUCAGGCCAUUAUGUCCAUUACACCUCAGAAAACAACUCCAUUCUUAGCAUUCCUCAUUAGCAGUGAGGUGAAGCCAAAACUCAAGUGCCAAAAUGUGCAGUUCCUCCAAUGUCCACUAGAGGCUGUCUCCCAGAGGAAAUCAGUCUCCACAGACCUCCAUGUUAACAUGCAGAAAUAAACAUGUUUACAGCCUGUUUGGUCUCUGUAGAUCAUUUCAACAUUCAGGACUUUCAGGACAACUUUUAUAGAACUCUAUUUCUGCAGUUUACAUCUUAUUCAGGCUUAAAGUUAUACAUAAUUAUGGGGGUGGGGCCUCUUUGAGUGACAGGCUGUCUGCUGAUAUUGUCUUCAGCUUCUCUGUCAGAUCCACCCUCUCGUCCAAAUAUGGUCACUUCUGGCUUCAAAAAACCAAGAUGGCGACGGCUGAAACACCAAACUCCAGGCUGUAAAAUGGGAGUCCAUGAACCAAUGAGAGACAUCACAGUGGUUACAUCCAUUAUUUAUAGUCUGUGGUCUGGUCCUCCUCCCCUUUGGACAAAUGACCAUCAGGCUGAGACGAGCCGGGCCAGUCACAACUGUUUAUCUAAUACUGGGUGUUAGAGACGGAGACUGUAAAGAAAAGUGCCAUUGAGGCAUUCUGAAAUUCAAUAAAGGAAAAAAAACAAGAUGGCUGCAGCUGAUGUGAAGCUGCUGUGGCGUAGGGUCGAGCGGAGUCACGGUAUACUGGUACACCAGGAUAUUUAAAAGUACCAACAGUAUGAUUUCCAAAAAUACAGACACUUAUCUCUCUGUUUAACUCAGACAGACGAGCUGUGAUGAGGAUGUUUUGUAUGUAGUUCACAGCACGUGCUGCCAGAGGUCAGGCAGUACUGGUGGAGCAGGCAGAUCAGCUGAUCAUCAUGGUGACUGUGAGAGGUGGGGAUAACGUUACAGGACUGUAAACAACUGACAGCAGAAAGAGACUGUGGGGAGAAACAACUCGGUAAAUGAGGGGUUUAUUUUGACCAAACAGGAGUCUGUGAUUGUUGGAACGGUGGAAAGACUGAGCCAGUUUGAGCUAUCGUCUGUCUCAGUUUGGUGACAGAGAGAAAUUUAAAUUAAGAGGAUGUACAGUUGUAUCUUUAUCUUUAAUAAGGACAAUAGGUGUCAGAAUAUUACCUUUAUUAACAUGUUGUUGUGAGUUUAUAUUUCUUAUUACACUGGAGAGCUCCUGCACACAGACACUGUCAUGUACCCUAAACGAUGGGGUGGGGGAUAAAAUUGAUAUGUCAUUGUGUCAUAAUACUUUGUGUGGCAAUAUUGUAUUGAUACAGAGAUGCCAAGUAUCAAUUUUUUUAUCAUAUAAAUUAUUAAUAUUGCAAAUAUGAAAGCAGAUGUUGACAGAGUUUCCUGUUGGGGAAAAAAUUUGUGCUUGAAAAAAGAGUAAUAAGUCACAUUAUCAUCGCAAUACUCGACAUAUCACAAAACAUUUAAAAUCGCAAUAAAAUUGUAUUGUGACUUAAAUGUUGUGAUAAUAACAUAUCGUGGGGCCUCUGGUGUUUCCCACCCUACUGUAUGCCCCACUAAAAUAAAACAGAUACCACCUCACCUCGAGCGUCAGUGCGGUCGACCUUCACUAAAAGACAAACGAUCGACUGCACUGAACAAAGACGUGUUUGCCGAACUCACGAUAGGAUCUAUCAGAGUUUAAUAUCAGAGCUCGUCCCUGUGAGCUGUUGUCUGUUUGCAUCCGCCUGUCGCUCAGAUGUUGUUUUUCCAGCAAGUCCCGCCCUAAUGUGCUGUGAUUGGCUGGUCCUGCCGUGCUGUGUGGUGAUUGGUGCAGACCUGGUCACUGGUCGCUCAGUGCUUUGUCACAUGUUGGUAACAUCUGUUGGAGAUCAGAAUGAUCGGUUGAUGCAAUAGUCUCUGUGGCUGAAUCUGAACGUCACUUCGGUUAUACUUCAGUGAUACGUAUAUCGACAUGUUUACCGUCAUCUCGUCAUGUUCGUGAGAUGAAGUCUUGCUGCUCGUCCUGUCAUUAUCCUGUCAGCCCAGUGUUUUUCUCUGAGGUCCGUAGUGGUGUUGAUGUCAGUAUCAAACGUUAAGCACGUUUUCUGAAAGCUUACAGAUUCGGAAGAAACGUAGCAGAACCACCAGCGAUCAUGGAGGCAGUGUAGAGUUGUUCAGGUGAGAUAUGACCAAAUGAGACGACAAAGACAUUUUAAAUAACAGCGGACGAAUUGGUGACAUAGUGAAAAGAAUUCUGCGUCCUCAUGUCAGGAUGUAUUUAAUGACCUCACAGUCCACCGCCAUCUACAACACUUCCUCUAUUUAAAGGUCAAAUAUUACAACCUCCUCCACCAUCGCCUCGUUUGUUCUUAUCUGAAACAUUUGACUCCGCCCUCUGGUGCCAUCUAUUGGCUAUGUGUAUGACAUCAUAAAGGACACAUGGAAGAUCUGUUGGUACAUAAAGGGAGAAUAAACAUGAACGGGUGGUUUCCUGUCUCUGCUGGUUUCUCUGUGAUCUGGUUUAGGUGUGAGAGGAUGUGUUCGUCUCUGCUUUCUGCUGCUCUUCAGCAUGUUUGACUCAGUUUGAAGCUUUAGCUACUCGUGAUGUUCCAGUUAAUGUUAGCAUGCUGCUAAAGAUGUUAUAACAGUGAAGAGUUGUUCCACAUCGAGUUCAGAGUCAGCGAAGAGUGAUUCAUGUCACAGUGCCAUAAAUCCAUCCACCAUCCCAGAGAAAAAAAAAACCAUCAUGAAACAUCCUGUUUUUUGUUUUGCGUUUGCUGAAGAUAUAUUUUAAUGGAAAAGAAGAUGGUGACAGUGACAGUGUGCAUUGAUGAAUAGAAAGCAUUAUGAAUAUAUAGAAAAUGUUUUAUCUGUGAUUGCUCAAAGAUCUGCCCGGCGACAGCCCCAACACAUCCUUCACAGAACUCUUCACCGGCUGGAGACUUUAUGAUUGGACCUAGCACCUGUCAGUCAAGCUGUAACGACUUGGCCUCGCCUACAGGAUCACAUGGUGCUAACGACUUGAGGUGUGUCCGAAACUCGUCACACGCCAAACACAAACACGAACUCCUGCAGCGUGGCGGCGUCCUGAUUCAGACUCUGCAGCUUCACUAACUUCUCCUGAAUGUUUCCUUCAGUGUUUUCUAGACUUUGUGUCUUUUCUAGAUCUUCAGUGAGUAUCCAGCAGACGACCCGGCGACCUGCUGACGCUCGCUCAUGACAAAACUACGACUCAGAGUGGGGUCACUCACCUGGGCUCUCAUUUAUAAACGUUAAGGGGCCUGAAAGAUGCGUACGCCACUUAACACAUUAAAGUUGUGAUGUCUAUAAACAGACCUGGCGGGACAAACUUUGACCCGUGCUAACCAGCAGUUUGGAGACAGGAAGUUGGCGACGCAGAUGGUGAGGUGGAGCCUGAUUGUAGAAACUGGCGAAUAUUUUUUGGUGCACGCUAUUUUUGGCUUCUGUCCGUAGGUACAUUUUCAGUCUGGAUCUUACGUAUUGUUUUAUAAAUGAGACGUCCUUUGAUCCUCAGCACACCUUGGAUUUUAUAGUUUGUUUGCACACUGUACUAACUCGUGCAAAUGACACGCUGACAUGUGCAGACAGACGGUAACUUGUCUGCACCUGUGACCUGAACUGGUGUGAACGAUGUAGAAACGAACGUCGUAACUUCCUGUCACAGCAGACCAAAACUCGUUCCCAGACAAUAAACACAAAGCUUCAUUUUUAACCUUCGUCGUUCAGGUUUCCCGAAAUAGCUGAUCUGAUGUGGAUCAGCUGAUCUGAUCCACAUCAGAUCAGCUGAUCCACAUCAGAUCAGCUGAUCCAGCAGGACUCACUGUGCACCUGCAUCUGAGUUCAAACACCUUUUGAAGGUGUUUGAACUGAUCAGCAGUCCCGUUCUCAGAUCUCAUCAAACGCUUUGAGUCGGUCGUUGUGUCAUGAACGAACUUCCGUACAGUCGAACCACAUUCCUGUUGUUCCUCUCUGGACCCUGAUCCAUCAGACUGUUUCACUGAGCUUAGACCAGCUGAGACCACCUGAGACCAGGUGAGGUCACAUCACUCCAGGUGUGAUUCAGCUGUGACCCAGGAGUGACUCAGUGCAGCAGCCUGAUGGAAACAGGUCGGAGGAGAAGUAGUUUUCAAGGUCACGUCAGUGAGCUGGACACACUGCCAGCAGCCUCACCUGUUCGCCAGGCGCCAGGUGAGUCGUCAGCUGAUCUGACUGUGUCACAUGACAGGACUGUGUCACAUGACAGGACUGUGUCACAUGACAGAGCUGCAUCCUGUGGUGUUUCAGUCUGACAGGUGUGUUAACAAACAUUAAACAGAUGUGUUCAAACGUCA